AUGGAAGAGAUUCUCUCAUAUUUCAUAAUGCCUGCCUUUACGGACGUUAUGGAUGCUAUGAACCUCCCCAAAACACCACGUCCUGACGCUGUCCCAGAAUGCUCUAAAUUCAUUCUUGAAGAACUGGAACGCAGAUUCAAGGCAGGACAUAGCAUCGAAAAGGAAUGCACCGCUAUCAAAAAGAUAGAAGAGAAAUUUGAGGCUGGGGAAUACGACGAGGACCCAGAAGGCUUCGACAGAAUAGUCAGGCGUCGUAUCAACAAGAUUGAGGAUAUGGUCGAGAGAAUGACUUCAAUGUAUCUCAAGGAUAUCAUAAAAGAACUGGGUUGCUACCCAAUGGGAGGCUCCAAUCGUGAUCUGGGUGGCGAAAUUGUUAGUAUUGUCACUUUCAAAGCGAAGAACGGAAGCAAGCUUGUUGGUGAGUAUAAUACCGUCAAAAGCUACUAUGGAUCCUCCUACGGGUGUUGUGGUGAUGGGAAUGACUCUUUGGAGGGCGAAGAAGAGGAUGAUGAAGGUGAUGACGACGACCAGGACGACGAGGAGUCGGAUGACGGUGAAAAUUGA